AUGACCAUGAGUCGACGAGGACUUCCUAAGAGAGUUGAGAGAGGUGAGGAGGGUGAGGAGGAUAGCGAACGUGGUGUUGACUUGCAGGUGCGGUGCGGUGCGGGAGCAGCUCAGAUGGGGGAGGGGAGGAGCAGCCGGGGUGUUAGAGGUGAGGUGUGUGGGAAUGUAAGAAGCGCAGGAAUGAGCCGAGGGAGCGUCAAGACAGGCGGCGAGCUCGGCCUCAGACUAGGGGAAUUGUGGGCUGUGGAGUGCGGGCCCCGGGACUACGGCAGCGGACAGCAAUGGAUGAGUCCCAAUGAAUCGGAUGCUGGUUCUUGGCCGUGAACCCCGAGUACAGCUGUAACUCUGUGGUAUCCGCGCCGCCGCCUGCCUGAUGAGCAAGUGUGCGAUGGUGCGGUGCUGGUGCUGGUCUGGUCUACCAAAAAAACAUAACCCAACCCAAGACGCUAGAGAUGGGGUGUGGUCCGGUGCCACAGCU